GAUUUGCUGACAUUGAAGCUCUUGGAGCCAUAUGGGGAGAGAGUUUGGGUGUCUUUGAUAGUCAAGAGGAGAGUGUGAUCAGUGCCCAUAAUAUUGGUUAGCAAAUAAGAGAAAAACCAGGGUCAUAGUUACUCAAGCAUCUGUUUUGGGGCGUCUCUUACCUUGUUGAAGCUGUAUACGCAUAAGCACAAAUGAAGCUUUCUUCUUCAAGUUUCUCACAUCAAUCACAGGAAGGAGAAAAGAGAUGCCUUAAUUCAGAACUAUGGCAUGCAUGUGCUGGUCCUCUUGUGUCUCUCCCUGCUGUUGGGAGCCGAGUGGUAUACUUCCCUCAGGGUCAUAGUGAGCAGGUGGCUGCUUCAACAAAUAAAGAAGUUGAUGCUCAUAUACCCAAUUAUCCCAGCUUGCCUCCCCAACUUAUCUGCCAGCUUCACAAUGUCACCAUGCAUGCAGAUGUGGAGACAGAUGAGGUUUAUGCUCAAAUGACCUUGCAACCAUUGAAUCCGCAAGAGCAAAAGGAUGCUUUCCUCCCGGCCGACUUGGGUACCUCUGGCAAGCAACCAACAAACUACUUUUGUAAGACUUUGACUGCGAGUGAUACCAGUACACAUGGGGGAUUCUCUGUUCCUAGACGCGCUGCUGAGAAAGUGUUCCCUCCAUUGGACUUCACUCAACAACCACCUGCUCAAGAGCUGAUUGCAAGGGACCUUCAUGAUAAUGAGUGGAAAUUCCGCCACAUCUUUCGUGGUCAGCCUAAGAGGCAUCUUCUUACAACAGGGUGGAGUGUAUUUGUUAGUGCAAAGAGGCUUGUUGCUGGCGACUCAGUCCUUUUUAUCUGGAAUGAAAAGAAUCAGUUACUCCUGGGUAUCCGGCGUGCUAAUCGCCCUCAAACUGUCAUGCCUUCGUCUGUUCUAUCAAGUGAUAGUAUGCAUAUUGGGCUUCUUGCUGCAGCUGCUCAUGCUGCUGCUACAAAUAGUCGAUUUACUAUUUUCUAUAACCCAAGGGCAAGCCCCUCUGAAUUUGUGAUACCUCUUGCCAAAUAUGUUAAAGCUGUGUACCAUACACGUGUCUCAGUUGGAAUGCGUUUCCGAAUGCUGUUUGAGACUGAAGAGUCGAGUGUACGGAGGUAUAUGGGAACUAUCACUGGCAUCAGUGAUCUAGAUCCCGUUCGUUGGCCUAACUCACACUGGCGUUCUGUCAAGGUUGGCUGGGAUGAGUCCACGGCAGGGGAGAGGCAGCCGAGGGUCUCCCUGUGGGAGAUCGAGCCUUUAACGACAUUCCCAAUGUAUCCAUCUCCUUUUCCUCUCAGGCUAAAACGGCCAUGGCCCCCUGGAUUACCCUCUCUUCAUGGCAACAAAGAUGAUGAUUUGGGCAUGAGUGCUCCUCUGAUGUGGCUGAGGGAUGGUGCAGACCGGAACAUGCAGUCUCUCAAUUUUCAAGGACUUGGGGUUUCCCCUUGGAUGCCUCAAAGGUUUGACUCCUCCCUUCUUGGCAUGCAAUCUGAUGUAUACCAAGCAAUGGCUGCAGCUGCCCUUCAAGAGAUGAGGGGGGGUAUUGAUCCUUCAAAACAAGGGGCUGCUUCCCUUCUCCAGUUUCAACAACCUCUUCAACAAACUCAACAAAGCCUUCAAUCGAGACCAAACCCUAUGCUGCAACGACAAAUAAUGCAACAAACUCAACCCCCUCAAUCCCAGCAAACGCUUCUCCAAGCGAUCCAAGAGACGCAAUCUCCAAAUCAUAUUCUCUCUCAUCAGUUGCAGCACCAACAUUCCUUCAAUGAUCAGCAGCAGCAAAACUCGCAGCACAACUCACAACAAAACCAACAACAAUUGCCUGAUCAACAACAAACCCAGCAACAACAGUUCCAAAUCCCUAAUGUGGUCUCAGCCCUUUCACAACUCGCCUCCUCUUCACAAUCCCCAUCUCUCCAAUCUAUCUCUUCUUCAUUAUGCCAGCAAUCUAGCUUCUCAGACUCCAAUGGAAACCCCGUUACAACUACUAGCAUAUCCCCAUUACAGAGUAUAUUGGGGUCGUUCCCACCUGAUGAGAGCUCCCACCUCAACUUGCCAAGAACCAACUCUGCAACUCUUCCAAGGGAUCACAUGUUACCUUCUGCUCCUUGGCUCUCCAAGAGGAUUUCUAUUGAUUCUUCUCUACCAUCAGGAGGGCCAAUUGUAUUGCCCCAUGUGGAGCAAUUGGCUACACAACCCAAUAUGGCACAACACCCAGUCUCUUUGCUACCAUUUCCAGGAAGAGAGUGCUCAGUUGAUCAGGAAGGUAGCGUUGGAGACCCACAAAGCCAUCUACUGUUUGGUGUGAACAUAGACUCUUCAUCUCUCAUGAUGCAAAAUGGGGUUUCGGCUCUUAGAGGACUGGGUGGAGAUACAGAUCCUUCGGCUGCUUUGUCAUAUGCGGCAUCAAAUUUCUUAGGGAAUCCGGGAACGGAUUUUCUGAACCCAGGGAUGGCGGGUAGCGGUUGCUUGAAUGAAUCUGGGUUCUUGCCUUCACCGGAGAAUGUGGGUCAGAUAAAUCCACAAAAUUUUGUGAAGGUUUGUAAGUCAGGGUCCUUCGGGAGGUCACUGGAAAUCACAAGGUUUAGCAGCUACCUUGAGCUGCGCAGUGAGCUCGCUCGUAUGUUUGGCCUUGAAGGCCAGUUGGAGGACCCUCUGAGAUCAGGCUGGCAGCUUAUAUACAUCGACAGGGACAAUGAUGUUCUUCUCCUUGGCGACGACCCCUGGCCGGACUUUGUGAAGAAUGCUUCGUGUAUCAAAAUACUCUCGCCACAGGAGUUGCAGCAGAUGGGGAAGCAGGGAAUCGAGCUUCUGAGGACGGUUCCAAUGCAGAGGCAGCAAAGCAGCAUCUGUGAUGACUAUGUAAGUCGACAGGACUCACGAAAUUUAAGUAAUGGGAUCGCAUCUGUGGGUCCUUUGGAAUAUUGAACUCUAGGAAAAAUUUCAGGUUUCUGAAGCCUCUGUAAUAUGAGCUCCCCUUUGCGAAUUGGCAAGAGCACUGAGUAAGUAGCUAGGUAGAUGGUUACUGUAUUAUAAAUAUAUACGUGUUACGAGACUGCUGGAAGCUGAGCCCACUAGUGUGUUUGAAUAUCAUGCAAUUUAUAUUACAGACUGGAGAUUUUGUGUU